UAUGAGAAUCUGAUUAUCCAAACACGUAGAUUCUCACGAACAGCUUUUCUGCACAGCUGACGAACUAAACACCUAAAUUCUAACCACCAGCUUUUCCCAACAGCCAGCUUUUCCCCACAGCCAGCUUUUCAGAUAAGCUGGUCAGAAAAAAACCGAACUAAACACGCCCUGUAUGAGUUCAAUGAAAUUCCUAAACAAGAAGCUACCUACUUUUCACGUUGAGAAGAUCAAACAAACAUCGAACCAGAACGGCUGAACCGAACCGGCGGCGGCUGCUCGCCUGCCCUGACCAGUACGCGGCAUUAAAUGCAAGCUUGAUCUCUGGGCAUCAGAAACUCGAAAGAAAUAGCCCAGACAGCCCACGAUCGGCCCAGUCUCAUCGCAAACGCACGCGCACGUCGCCGUCGCCCCGCUGUAACCCUACCUGCCCCCCGAAGCUUCCCCGUCCUUCUCCUUGCGGCGGCCGCGGGCGGCGCGGCCAGUCGGCGGCCACCCGCCCCCAUCUCCUACUUUAGCCUCCCAACCUCACCGCCGCUGCUCGCCUCUCCCCCGCCCCCUUCCCCACUCCGCCCCGUAUUUCUUCUCCUUGGCGCUCAGGAGGACCCCUCAAUCCACCUGGUGGGAUCUGAUCGCAAUCGGAUCCCUCUCUUCCGCCGCGGCCGCCUCUCCGGGGAGGAGCCCCGGGCUCGAAGAGACGGAGGCGAGGGUAGACGACGGAGGCGAGGAGGACGACGAGGCGGAGGAGGGGAAGCCCAUGCCGGCCGCCGGUUCCCGCCGAUUCACUCGCGUCUUCAUGCCCAAGGCCCCCAAGCCGCCGCAAUCCCAGGACCAGGCCGACCGCGCCACCCGGGUCCUUCGCUCCGGUAAGCGCCUAGCCGCCGACAGGAUCCGCUGGGACGCCAAGGAGGCCGCAGCCUUUCACGUCGACAUCAACCACGGCCACGUCCAGAAGCGCCAAAAAGAGGAUUUUCCCAAACCGGGAUUGCCACCUCUGACGAAGUCCUUCGGUAUCGUGUACAGAAGAAAACGGCGCCGCCGGAGGCACCCCACCGCUGAGGUUGUCCCCGAGGACGAGGACGGCAUCAGGAGGUUUGGGAUAGUAUACACCAGGAAGAAGGGCAAGCGAUCCAAGGUCAGCCCUCUCCUGCUCCCGCAAGAGCCAGAGGCCCCCUGUGACCUCGCCGCUGCGAUUCCAUGCUCCUCCUCCCGGGAGUUUGCUUCACGAACUGGCUUCUUGGAUGCCCAUUUCUCGGCCCUGGUAGAUGGUGUCUCCACUCACUCUGGGGUUCAGACGCUCGUUGUCCUUGUUGAUACGUCUUGCUCUGGGAGCUCUCACCGGCUCCUUGGAUUUCUUCUACCCGUGCUGUGGUGGAUGCGCCACAGUAGGCAGCGGGGAAAGUUCCAGAACCUUGCCACUUUCAUUUUGUCUGCUGGUGUGGCGGUUGCGUUUGCAUCCCACGGGGUGCACUUUGUCAAGCUCCAGAGUGCCUCUGCAUUGUUACAUAGGCCUCUUGCGCAUUGUGGGUGGUGUGCGCUUCAUGGUUCCACGAAAUCUGAACCACUUUUGUCAGUCGAUUUCUCAGCACUUCCUUCAUACUUUUGGAGCUUGCAUUAUGCCGUAGCUCUUGAUUCGAUGUAUCUGCCACCUAUGAUUCGGCACAGCUGGCUGCUGGUUGGGGGAUCUGAAGAAAUCUAUCCUCACACUCCUUUGUAUGUGGAUUCUGGGGCUCAGAGCAGUGGUUUUGCCACUACGAACAUGGACAGCAAUGAACCUUGCAGAGUGGUUCCAAACUACAUGCCCCUUGAACAGGGUGCUGGUCUAGUGGUUCAUGGUCUGAGGCUAAAGAAGCAUCAAAGGCGGAGGAGAACUAUGAGGCAUCCCCAAAAUUGGCGGUGUCUUAUAGCAAGAUUACCUUACAAUGGAAUUGGGAUGAAGCAGAGCACGUCUGCCAUGCAAACAGGAGUAAAGCUGCGGUCAAGCAGGCAAGAAUCUCCUGUGGAGCCUGUCCAACCUAAAGCAGCAUUAGGAAUUUCUCUUGAUUUGCUUGAAAACAUGGACGAAAGUGAUGUUUCAACUCCCAUGGGAUCAACUAGGAGAAAGAGAUCUUUGAAGAGCCCUGUUGAGAGAAUGAAUGAAAAGCUGGCCUUGGCUGAGGUGAGACAGGACAUAGAUUCUGUUCACAGCAAAGCAAACCUUUUAGUUUUUCAAGCUGAUAGGUGCUGGAGGGAGGAAGGUGCCGAAGUUAUGCUAGAACUAUCAGAAACCAAUAAGUGGUGUAUAGUUGUGAAGAUACAAGGUGUUACUAGGUACUUGCUUAAACCUUCAGAUAUGAGGUCAUAUGUCAUUAAUCGUCAUACUCAAGCCUACAUGUGGACAGUUGAUGAUGCAUGGAAGCUUGAGUUCACUGAUAGGUGGGACUGGCUGUUAUUCAAAGAGUUGCAUGUUGUGGGCUGUGAGCGUAAUUCUCAGGGAAAGGCAAUCCCAAUUCCUGGGGUACAUGAAGUUUCUGGUGAGAUGGAAGGGAUUGUUACAGAUCCUUUCUUACGCCCUGUGCCAGACUAUAUCAGGAUGGUGGAUGAUGAAGUUGGGCGAGCUCUCUCAAGGGAUUCUAUUUAUGACAUGGACUCAGAAGAUGAACAAUGGCUCAUUCAGUUGAACCAUUCAGAUUCUGAUCCAAACAGCUCUCAAAGGAAUCAUAUCUCUUACGAAGACUUUGAAGUGUUAAUAAGCAUAUUUGAAAAGGAUGCCUACAACAAUCCCCAAGGGAAAAAUGAUUUGAGCGAGCUUCUUUCCAGAUAUCCUGCUUUACUAAAGGAUGAUAACGUGCAUGCUGUGUAUGGGUAUUGGACGAGUAAGAGGUCCAAGAGAGCUGCACCAUUGCUAAGGGUAUUUCAGGGCGCACCCAUAAGGCGAGGACAUCUACCACAAAAGUCUGCCAUGAAGCGAAAGAGAUCUUUCAAGAGACAAAAAAGCCGAGCUGGCCGUGGAAAGCAUGAAGCUUUAUUGCAAGACAAUGCUGAAGAUGAGGCAGCUUUGCAGAGAGUUGCCCAAGCUGAUCGUGCAGCAAAACGGGCUCUAGAAACAGCUAUUCAACUGCGCAACAGAGCCCAGUCUCUCAUGACAAACGCAGAGCUCGCAGCAUACAAAUCCAUCAUGGCUCUCAGGAUCGCUGAGGCUGCUAGGAUAUCUGACUCUUCCCGAGAUAUUGUUUGUACAAUCCUCGACUAAAGAUGGAUAUGGGCUGAUCGAUUUGUGUGGAGGGCAUGGGGAAUACUCUUUUUUUUUCUUUGGUUGCAUCAUUGCCCAUGAUGUUGGCUUUUCGACAAGCUGUGGGGCUAUUUUUUCGCCCUCCCCUCGGGUUGUCAACUUUGUCAAGCCAAUUUUGAGGUGGAAUGCUUGAACUGAAAACUGUAAUUCCUUGUAUAAAUUAAAGUAGCUAGCUAGGUUCUGUAUCUUAUGGGAUCUGAUAUGUAGAAAUGAUGAAAGGAAAAGGUAAAAAAAAUGCAUGAGAUGAAGCGAAAUCAAGCAUCUGUUUGCAUC